AUGGCAUCAGAAACCCCAAUUCCCAUCAAAGUCCAGCCCAGCGCACCCCGGGCCUUGGUCCAGGCGGAAAGGGAACGGAGCCGCUGGAUCGACUGGAUUACCAUUGGUAAUAUAUUCGUUGGUCAAGGUGACUUUGACAGUUUGAGAACCUGGAAGCGGCAGCCCACGGCAGGCGAUGCUGAAAUCAUCAUCCUUGAUGCCAUGGGCCGAGGCCUCCUGCCCAUGAGCAAGGAUGUUCGGGUCAAGCACUUCCAGUCUGGCGCCUUCAACAUCCUGUUUGAGCUUAAUUGCCCCGACUGGAAGGACAAAACAACGAUUCUACGCAUCUCUAUGCCCUACGACCCUUGGUACAAGACCGAGUCGGAGGUGGCCACCAUGAUGUACGCUGCGCGGAGCGGCGUUCCUAUCCCCUGCUGCUUGUUCUUCGACUCGAGCGGCAAGAACCCCUUUCGACUAGAGUGGAUGAUUCUCGCCAAGGUCGACAAAGCCAUCUCGCUCCAGGUCAGCUUCAACAGGGACCACCAGAAUAACGCCGUGUUUAACAAGGCGAAAGCGGCCGGGCACAUUUUGCUCCGGGACGUGGCCAAGUUCUCUCGGAACCUCGAAGCCACCAAGUUUGACAAAAUCGGAAGCCUAUACUACAACUGGGAUGACAAUUUGUUCUACGUCGGCCCCAUUGUGGACACCAGGUUUCUUGGCAAGUAUACCUACCGCUUCUCCAUCGGUAACCGUGGCCCGUUCAAGUCGUGUCAGGACUACCUCCAAAGCAUUCUACAGACAAGGCACAGAGCCGGUAUUUACGACGGUGCGCAGGCGACUGAUGCAAACACUCGCAUGGCCAUCCAGCUCAGGGCGUGCGCCUCAUUUGCCUUUGGCGCAGCCGUCUUGGCCAGAUUCAAGGCAACUGCGGCCAAGUACGAAAAGAAUCUCGACCCCGAGAACGGCCCGUUCCACGGUUCGUGGGCUUACGUCCAGCAUGACGAUCUUCACAUGGGCAACGUCCUCAUCAGGCCGACGAAUUGUGGUUUGGCUAGCCUCAUCGACUGGGAGCAGUGCAAGAUCCUGCCUCCCUUUUUGCGCAGGAACCACGGCAUCCCCAAGCUGAAUGAUGAUUACCACAAGCUUGGAUUCCGUGCGGUCCAGGGCACCGAGGGGCUGGCAUGCCAGAUCUCCCCACCUUUGGUGAGCGGAUCUCCAAGAGAGGUAUUGUGGCGCCCCUCGCGACUCUUGUUGCCCCUCAUGUCACCAACAUGA